AUUUAUGGUAUCAACUUUGAUUGAUCAUAUUUUAAUUGUUUGUUUCGAAAAUAAAAAUGAGUUUUAAAUAAUUAUUUUGUUCAUUUUUGUCUAUGUCAGUGCAUUUACAAUGUAGUUUUCUUUGUUUUUUAAUUAAUUAGCAAGUUUUAAUAGUUUUAAAUUAAACUGACUGGGUGUCCAAUCAAAAAAAUGUCUUAUUUUAAAUGUUUUAAAGCGUUAGUGCUUAGACCAAGACUAGAAAUGAGAUGUAUAUCAUUAUUUCAUCGGCCGCCAAUUACUAUUUUUCAAGAUCAAACAAUCAAUAAAUAUUCUAAUAGUUCUAAAUUAAUUUCGGGAUCAAAUCUUAAAAAAAGGAGUCAGCGACGAAAAGCUAAUGAAGAUACAUACCAUCGCCAAGGAUUUUGGAGUGUAACUGCUUUUACUACAGCUGAAGAGUAUCGUUUGGAAGAAUUACAAGAAGCUCUUUCUAAAACUAACCUUUAUGAACCAACAGACUUGUACAAUGGUUCUGAAAAUUAUGAAGAUACUGUACCAUUUGAUGUGAUUCAUGCUACAUCUAAAUAUCAUGUUACUAAUGAGAAUAGGCAUUUAUACAUUUUUCGUGAAGGGUCUGUUGUGGGAUGGAAUAUAUCAGAUAUGGAAGUUACUAUUUUAAUUGAUUUUUUGUCGAAAUAUCAGAUUAUGCCAUAUGCAACUAAUGUCAUUAUGGAUGAACGUGAAUUAAUGUAUUAUACCUAUACAAAUGACAAAAAAAGCUCAAUUCAAAAAGGAAAUUUACAUUUAAUUAAAGGAGAUAAAAAGGCUUCUGAUUUAGAUCGUUAUACAUUUUCUAAUGCCAUGGCCCACAGUGUAAAAUUAGGAACUUGGGAAGUUUUAUUAGAUCAAUACAUAGAUUCAAUUGAAUUUGUCACUCAAGAUUUACAAGAAGGUCAUCCUAUACGUAUUACAAGAAAAGAAGUCAUGAGAAAAACAGGUGAACUCUUUGGGUUAAGACAUUCAAUUAAUUUGAGUUCUGAUCUACAUGAUAUACCUGAUUUUUACUGGGAACAAGAACAUUUGGAAACUCUUUAUCGUACAACUAGUAAUUACUUUAGUAUCUCAACACGAUUAAAGGUUAUGAAUAUGAAACUUAAUCAUUGCCUUGAACUUGUGGAAUUACUAUCUCACCACUUAAGUGAUAGACAUCACAUAAGAUUAGAGUGGAUGAUAAUAGUGUUGAUUAUGGUUGAAGUUGGUUUUGAGAUUUUACACUAUACACAAUUACUAAUGUCAUAACAAUAAAAAAAAAUAAUAAUAUUUUAAUGUAAAUUAAUUGUUAAACUAUCAACUAUUUAAUAAAUUGAAUAACAGUUUAAAUGCUUAUUUAUUAUAUAAUAAUAAUAAUUUCAUUGUACCACUUUUUAAAUUUAACAACUAUUUUCUGAACAAAACGAUAUAUUAAUUUGCUAAGAUUACAAUAAAAUAAUUAAAAUACAAAC